CUCUGACUAGAUGGUGGGCGUGUGUUAAGCGGUGGGGUUUCAUUCAUAAAUACUUUUAGCCUUAAAGUCUACAUUAAAGUGAUCGCGGAAGAGUUCUGCGUUAUUGACUUCGCCCCUCCACUCCUGCAUGGACCAGGCUACUUGGGUAGCCAUGCAGCACUACCGUCCUGUUGCUCUGAGGCCAGUGGGCCGGCCCUGAGGGGGAAGACUGCCGCUCAGGCUCAGUUGGCUGGGUGCGCUGAGGUGACUGAGGAUGCAGCAAGGGAGCUGAGGAGGAGACUCCCGAGCUACAGCCUGGCACACACAUUCAGAGCUGCUGCCGCUGCUGCUGCGUACUGCCCUCCAUCAGGGGGACUCUCUAGUUGGCCUGGACCAUGAGCAAUGAGUCUACCGUCUGGAACAUCCUACCAGAAAACUCCACAGAGAUCCCACUUGAGGUUGAGGAGCAGCAAGAUGGUUAUUUGCUCCUCCUGGUGAUCCUCUCCAUCUUUUUGGUAGGAACGCUGAUAUCCAUAUCUGUCUUCCUCAUCGCUUGCUGUCGAGGAGGAAAAUGCUGUACCAGGGCCAGCGAUGACCCUGAGAAGACCAACAACACCUAUGUGGAGGAGUCACAGCCCACUCAUGAAAUCACCAUCAGGGUGGAUGAGUCAGACUGCCUGUCCAUGGCCAGCUCUCAUGACCAAGAAACAGAGCGUUUCCUCUCCACAGGCCCCACAGGCCGUCGCGUCUCCUUCAAUGAGGCUGCGCUCUUCGACCACGGCAAGAAACCCCAGGAGAAAGGCCGCAGGUACACUCUGACCGAGGGCGACUUUCACCACCUGAAGAAUGCCCGGCUUACAAACCUCCACAUACCUCCUCCGGCCCUCAAGAUAGUCACCAUCCAUGAGUGCGACUCUGCGGAGAACACCAUCACGAUGACAACACGCCCGGUUGCUAAGUCAGCCCUUUCCAUCUUCCAGCCAAUGCUGUGUCCCUUGCCACAAACAGCAUUGACCAGCCUGAGUGUCACUCCAAGCUGUCCUCUCCCUGGAGAUGCUCUAAACUCUGUGGUGGACAGCACCAAAGAGCCAAGCUCCACUCCUACUGAAAUGAUGGGAGUGGGGCCUCGGGGCAGAGGCAGCAGUGUCAGUGUGGGAGAAUCGGCGGCGGCAGGGAGCGGUGCCUCUCCUGCUAGUGGCGGUGCAGGCCAGAGGCCGGUGCUGCAGUUCCUUACUAAACUGCGGCGCCAUGCUAGUCUAGAGGGGGCCAGUCCCUACUUCAAAAUCAAGAAAUGGAAGCUGGACAGCAGCCAGAGAGCCUCAAGUCUAGACACCAGAGGCUCUCCAAAGAGGAGACAGUUCCAGCGCCAGCGGGCCGCCAGUGAGAGCAUGGACCAGGAUGACAAUGAUGCACAUCACAUAGACCUCAUCCAAUACAUUGCCCGCACCCAUGAUGUCGCCUAUUGUCCUAGCCAGCCCACCACACGCCUCCUUUCGCCUCCUUCGACACCACCCCCCUCCCUCGGCAGAUACUACAGGGUAGAGGUAGAGGUGAUGGUGGAGCCCAGCUGCAGCCAUGGAGGACCAGGGGUGAUUGGCCUGUCCCCUGAUCCCCAAGAGGAAGCACUGUUCUUGGCUAGAAGGGAAAGUGCAAACCCAUCCGAUCCCCUUGAUCCCCAGGAUCCCCAGUCACUUUACAGAGACAUCUGGACAUUACGUGCAACUCUUGAACAGUACGCCGCCUCUGACCAGAGCAGCAACAAUGACAGGAAUUCAGUCUGCAGUGAUGCUGACAGUGUGUGUUCACUUGGCGGACGAACAGACACAGAAAGAGGGCUCCCCAGCUACCCAUCCCAGGAUUUAGAGGAUGAGGGAGAGGGUGGAGAGGAAGACAAGGACUUCUUUGUGUAUGUGGAUGAGAAGAUGGAGGUGAAGGAGUCAAAAAAGAAGAAACAGAGAAGCACAGACUCAGAGCGAGGGAGCAAUGACGGAGAAACAGGGACUCGUAAAUUACUGCAGAUGGACAGCGGCUAUGCGUCAAUAGAGGCUCCGUCUCGAGGUCCAGAAGACCUGCGAUUAUUUGGGAGUGGCAGCAUCACCAGCAGCCCCAAAGACAGAACAGCCCACGAGAAAAGGCAUCAUUUCACAAAUGCAGGGCGAACUGGCACAAUAGGUGAGAGUUUUGAGUCUCAUCUCUUUGAGGAGGAGCCUGAAGAAGAGUUGCUGUUGGGUGCCAGUGGAGGAGUUUCCAUUGAAACAGGUGCUGGUUCACUGAGCUGGUUUCCAUAUGGUCAUGUGCUCACUCCUCGAGAAGCUGUGCAGUUUCCACCUCAACCAUUAUCCCUGCACCACCGAGACUACAGCAUAGAUGAGAAGACGGAUGCACUCUUCCAUGAGUUCCUCCGUCAUGACCCUCAGUUUGACCAGCAGGAGUCCCCACUAAGAAAGCACCGGUCCCGAAUCCACUUACGCAAGCAAUGGCAACGCCACAAGCAAUGGAGCGAUCCUGGUGUUAGACACUUCCAGUCCUCCUUUGAGAGACAGCGGACCCCUCUUAGGAGGGGUGACAGUGUAAACUAUCCCCUGGACACAAGCUACCACAGUACGCUGCCCCGCAUCGUCAGUGCUCCUGAUGAGGAAACCAGUGACGGGACCAGCAGCACUCCUGAAACUCCAAAGGUAGUGCCCACAACUUCUGAGGAUGGAGGAAAAGACAACGUGCAGGGUGUCCCUAUCAGAGACACUGAGGAACACACAACCUCUUCUCCUUCACUUCUUCAUCCUUCCAUUUCUGAGAAAGAUGGAGGACUGAGUGAGCUCCCUGAUCCUCAGGAUGACAGCAAACAGUCUAGCCACCCCCCUGAACCCCCAGAUGAGCGUUCGCUUCAGCUACUCGACUCCUCGGGUUACGGUCCACAAACCAUCACAGCAGAGCUAACAGACAAACUGACUGCCAACCUGGAUGAGAGGCUGUACACGGGCCUUCGCCGGACCAAGGACACAGCCACUGAGUGUGUGACCGUGACAACCACACACGCUUCUCCGGACCACAGCCCAGUGUAGCAGGGCUCCAAUCGUCCUCCUCAUCAACCUCAUGUCUGCUAAUACACACUUUUUUUUCUGUUCGGUUUGUCUUGCUUCAGUUUAAAUUAAACACCAAUUUUCAGACAACCACACCUACAGCUGAUCCACCAGAAAUGUAUCCAAUCUCUCUGUGCAAGUGUUAGCAUUACAAAGCUGCUGAAUGUUCCCAUUUUACAGUUCACUAACAUCAACAUAUCAAAAAUCAUAUGAUUUUAGAAAUAACUGCUUCCUCAUUAAGUGUUUCUUUGUGUGUAUUCUCUUUAUGCCUCUUUUGCUGUCUUACUGUCGCUGCUCUCCAGUAAAAGUAAAUGAAGCUGAGAGCUGGUAUGGCCUCUGUACUCCUUUAUCCACUGUGAAACCAGGUGCUAUUAGACAAGUCGAAAGCUAUCGAAGUGGGCAAAACAGUUACCUACAGUCCUGUGAGAGUCCAUUAUUGGAGAGUAAAAGCUGUAGUUAUAUCAUAUCUAUGAAUCUAAAUAUUGGUUAUAAUAUCAUAAUGAAACUAUGUGAAUCAUAAAUUAUCUUGAUGUUGACCUAUUACAGGACACCACAGACCUUUUGAAAAAGUAUAAUAAUGACUCAGUUCCUUUUAAAAAUUGACCCAUAUGAAAGAUGCUACUUACACAGAGCACUUCAGAGUGGCUGUUUAGAUCAGUGGUGUCCAGCCAGUCGGUUGGGACCAAGUGGGUUCAAGAAGAAUCCGCAGGAUGACAAAAGGCCAGAAAAGAUGAAGAAAAAGUUGAAAUGCCAGAAAAGAUCAAAUGGAAGACAUCCUCUAUCACUAAGUCUGUUGCUGAAAAAUGCUUCUCAGCUUUGUGACAAAUUUCUUGUUUACGUCUAACAGUUUGUUUACUGAGUAGUAAUAUAUUUUGUACAUCUGCCUUGCAUAGAUGGCAAUGAAAACUGACAGUGUGGCAGGUUUAAAAACGAGACGUCCUGUGCCAACAGGCAGAACUAUCAGACUAGACAGGUUCCAGCACUCUGGCAUAAUGAGUCUUUAUCAGUCAAAGAUCUUUCAGUAAUAUACAACUCCAUAAGCUAUAACUUUCAGUACUUUGGGCAUCAUUGCCCUGACAAUGAGAACAGAGCCAGACUUGCGUUUACAGCCAUGAUAAGGGAAAUUACAUGAAAGCUGACAUCAAUUUAUUAUUGAAUUCAUCAGAGAGGCACAUUCUCCUGUGCAUGGGGGCGGGGGUUACAAAACAGGCUUUAUUUGUCAACAUAUGACAUUCUAGGAUUUUUUUCCCCCCCUCCUCUUCUCCUUCUCUUGAGAAAGUUGACAGUGCAGUAGAUUCCUCCCUCGGGGGCCUAGAACUUCCUGAAAGGUUAUAAAACUAUCAGAACAAAGGCCAUAUCUGUGUUUAAGUCAACUUUUUUUUUUUCUCCUAUUUUGCUUCAUAUUUGCAAUAAAACAACAAGCUGGAGCUGCCACUAAAAUAUAAAACAUUAGAUUGUGUUUGUUUUGUUAUGUAUGUUUUAUAGGCAAAGAAUGCAAGAAAUGAGCAGUGUUAUUGUAAUAAUCUACUCUUACACCCUAAUCAGCAGCAGCAAGCUGAUCACUGGCAGAAGGCUCUCCAUGUCUGCAGUAUGCAGAGAGGGGAACACUGUAGAAGAUGGUGUUGAAUAUUAAUCAUACAAGGAAAUAGGGAGUCCUCCUUGUAUCCCCUGUCUCCCUGUCCUCCUCCUUUAAGGUUGUUGCCAUGCAGACAGUUGAAAGAAUUGAACUGAAAUAUCCAAGCAACAAACAUUAUCCUCCUCUGUUUGUUUGGGUGGAUGAUGAUGAUGCUCCUUUCCAGUCUGCCCAAAUUAGAUCUUUCUCUUGCGUGUGACAGAAGUCUCCUAAGUGGACUCUGAGGCAGAGGCUGAGUUUCUCAUUAGGAGAACAGUGACCGAGAAUAAAGGAGGUGAACUGAAAUAAAGAAUAGGGAGCCUAGUGGUUUUUUAAUUGCUCUUGUCUUUCUUUCUCCCACACAUGCUGAACAAUUAUGUCACAAUUAAAAACCACAAUGCCCUGGAACAAUUUUGUACCAUCAAUUAAUGUUCUUUUUAUCUUGGUGCUAGUAAGCAGGAAGAGAAUAAAAUAUCAACAAUCCCCCUUUCAGUUACGAUGGAAGUGACACCUCCUUGCCGAUAAUUAUUCAGUGCAUUCUGACAGUUCUUGUUAAAGAGAAAAAAAAAAAACAGCUGCAUUUUCCACAGAUCAAAAGCCAAAAUGUCUCAAAAGUUAGUCAGUUUGAGACGACGGCAACGGCAAAGAAAACUGCACUAAGCGUUGAACUGAAAUCAGUACAUCUGUACAAAUAUUACAGUUUGUUGUGUGUACAAGCACAAUAUCGCAAGAGCUAGAGUAUAUCAAUAUCCUUUAUUAGGUUUAGACAGAUAUUGUAUAACUGGGGGUACUGUGGUAAAUGGUGUUUGUAAACUAACCAGUAGCCUGACAAAUGCAUUGAUGCAUAGCCAUGUGUUGGUCUGCAUGAGUACAAAUUUUAGUGCAAAUUUUCAUGUUUUCUCAGACUGAUGGUACUGAUCUAGUCCAUAUUUAAUGCAGUUUAUGUUUAAUGCAGAAGUCAAAACGCUGGUAAGACUAGAGAUUUUGUAUUUUAUGGAAUUUAAAAGUCAUUCUAGGAUGCUGUAAACAAUGAGAUUUUGUGGGACUUAUCUCUUUGAAAGUAGAAGUAUUUCUGUAUUCCUUGCUUAUUAGUAAACUGCUUAUUUUCUCGAAGGAAAAAAGAUACAUUUUCUUAACAACUUUGCUUUUGUUGAUCCAAAUCUACUGAGCCUUGAG